CAACAACAAAAACAACAACCACAACAGCUACAACAACAAAACAAACAACAACUACUCGUCCGACUACCACUCAAUCAACAACAAUUACUCCUCGCCCAGCUACUACUACCCAAACAACAACAACUACUCCUCGCCCCACUACUACUACCCAAACAACAACAACUACUCCUCGCCCCACUACUACUACUCAAACAACAACAACUACUCCUCGCCCAACUACUACUACCCAAACAACAACUCAACCAACUACUACUACUACCCAAACAACAACUCAGCCAACGACUACUACUACCCAAACAACUACUAAACCAACUACUCAAAUACCAACAACCACUACUACCCAAACAACAACACCCGUUACUACCCAAACAACAACAACACCCGUUACUAUCCAAACAACAACAACACCCGUUACUACUCAAACAACAACAACCACUACUCAAUCAACUACUCAAACAACAACCACUCGUCAACCAGCUGCCACUGCUACGCAAGCGACAACAGCAGCUACUCCUAGACCAACUACUACCACUACUCAAACCGCAACUACUACAGUAAAUUCAGAUCAUGUUCAUACAGUACGUGCACAUGAUACAACAAAGGCAAUGCCGACGGUUACUCAAGAACCAGUUGUUGUAGAAUCUACAACUGUUAAACCAAAAGAAAAUCGAGAAAAACCAUCAGCAACAAAAGAACUUUAA